GAACAUGUUAAGAGGGGAAUAGUGUAUGAUACCUCUUGUGGCAUAUGCAAUUAUCAUUAUGAAGAUAUUCUGCAUAUUCUCCGUGACUGUCUGACAACUAAAGAAAUAUAGAGGCAAGUUAUCUCAGAUGAAUCUAGUGGGAGUUUCUUUACAAGGGACCUUCUUCAUUGGGUUAAGUCAAACUUGCAGAAUCCUACGAAUCCAAUUGUUGUUGAGGUAAAUUAGUCAUGUUUAUUUGGCUUACUAAUCUGGCGCAUUUGGAAAAAUCGAAACAUUUUUCUUUUUCAGGACGUUUCCUAGAGCAUGGGUGAGAUUGUUAAGAUUUCAUAUAUUUGGGCAAAACAAUUUGUUUCUUUUCACAGGGAAGACGUAUUUAGACAGAAGGAACAAAGGUUAGUAGCCAAGAUGCCAAAAAAUUGAAUUAAUAUAUACACUGAUAGGGUAGUUCAGAUUGUCUCGAGUGAUACUACAGUGAGGGGAGUCAUAAGAAAUGAAAAUGGAUAAUGAAUUAUGGCAUAGAAUAUAUAUUUAGACAAAUGUGUAAUCUUUGAUGCUAAACUUUUAAGUAUUCUUGAUGAAUCCGCUCUCAUUGGCUAUGAUGGUAUAUUGAUACAAACAGAUAGCUUGAAGAUGGUCAAAACCAAUUCCUCUUUAUAAGGUACAAACUCUACCUUUGUGGGAUAUUUAAAACCUUAUUUCAGUACAUUCUUCUAGUAGUGCCGCCACCGCUUCUGCUUUUAUUUCAACCUCACUUCUCUUGCUUUUCCAUUUCUCUUAAUUUCAAUAUAUGGGUAAGCUUCAUUCUUCAUUACUUCUUCCUUCUAUUGUUAACUGUGGAAAGCAUAUUUCUUUUUUUCUGCUCUUUUAUUUCUUCUUCUUCUUCUUCUUCUUCUUCUAAUACCAUUGCUACCCACAUCCAACCUUUCACUAAGAAUUCCAUGUAUGUAAGGGGAAACCCAAAAAAUGUAUUAUCGCUUUGAUAAUGUUGAUGAUGCUUUUAAUUUGUUUAAUAAGAUGAUUCAGAGUUACCCAAAGCCAUCAAUUGUGGAAUUCACUAAAUUAUUAGCUGCCAUUGUUAGAAUGAAACAUUAUGCCAUUACUGUAUCGAUGUGUAGCCAGAUGGAAUUAUUAGGAGUUUACUGGGAUGUUUAUUCUCUCAGCAUCUUGGUUAACUGCUUUUGUCAAUUAGGUCAAAUUGAUCUUGGUUUUCCUGUUUUGGGGAACAUGCUGAAGUUAGGUGUUGAGCCUUAUGUUGUAACUUUAUCCGCUUUGAUUAAUGGAUGGAGUGGCUUCAAACCCAAUAUUGUAACAUAUAGCACUGUCAUUGACGGUCUUUGUAAGAAGGGAUCACUAAAUGAGACUCUCCAUCUUUUCUCCCAAGUGAAGGUUAAGGGCAUUAGACCAGAUAUCGUUUCAUAUAAUAUAUUGAUCGAUGCACAUUACAAGGAUGGGAAGAUUUUUGAAGUAAUAGAUACCGUUGACACAAUGAAAAAGCAAGGCAUUGAGCCUGAUGUUGUUACGUAUAUUAUAUUGGUUGAUGUGCAUUGUAGGGAAGGAAUGGUUUCUGACGCUAAAGAUGAUGUUGGCACAAUGAUAAAGCAAGGCAUUGAGCCCGAUGUUGUUACAUAUAAUAUAUUGGUUGAUGCGCAUUGCAGGGAAGGAAUGGUUUCUGAAGCUGAAGAUAUUGUUGACGCAAUAAUAAAGCAUAACAUUGAGCCUAAUGUUGUUACCUAUAGUGCAUUAAUAAACUGUCAUUGCUUGCAAAACAAGAUGUAUAAAGCUAGAAAGGUAUUUCAGUUGAUGAUUAAGAAGGGUUGUGCACCUGAUAUAUUUAGUUACAACAUCAUGAUCAAUGGAUAUUGCGAAGCUAAAAGGAUAGACGAAGAAAUGGAACUCUUUCAUGAAAUAUCCCAAAAAGGACCAAUCCUGGAUAUUGUCACGCACAACACUCUUAUGCAAGGUAUGUGUAAACUAGGGAAAAUUUCAUCUACAUGUGAACUUUUGAUGAAGAUGAUUGCUUUUGGACAAGUUCCAAAUGUAGUGACCUGUUCAUUUUUGUCGAAUGGUUUAUGCAAAUGUGAUAAACUCGAAGAGGCUUUGGAAGUUUUUCAAGCAAUGCGGAACAGCAAGUUGGAACUUGAUAUUGUCUGUUAUAAUAUCCUAAUUGAUGGCUUAUGCAAAUCUGGGUAUAUUGAAGUUGGAAAGGAAUUAUUUCAUAAACUCUCUGUCAAUGGUUUGAAGCUUGGUGUUUACACAUUCUAUAAUGAUUAAUGGAUUUUGCAAGGAGGGAUUGCCAGAUGAAGCAUACCUGUUGUUUAGGAGCAUGGGAGAUAAUGAUCCAAGGGUUUCUUCGAAACAGCUAUACUUCUAAGGCAACACUUGUUCCUAAGGAAAUGGUCGGUGAGGGCUUUUCUGCAGAUUUACGCACUGCCACUUUAUUUUUGGAUCUGAUCUUACGAUCUGAUGAAUCAAUCUUGAUCUGAAAUGUUUUCUUAGAUUGGUACCUUCACCUUUACCUUUUCUUCAUUGGGAUGGCUGUUUCCUGGUAAUUGGAGCUCUUAUUCAGCACCAAUGGGAAUACUGUGAGCAAAUCCUUAACACUAAAACUGAAAAAGUUAAAAAAAAAAAGCUCAAAGCUUCACUAGCCAAAAGCUGAAGCAAAUGGCUGGUCUCAAUCAGCAACUUGAGCAGGGAUAGGAUUUGUGCUGCAGGUAGUAUUAUAUAGGUCAGUGAAUGGAAUGCUCUGUAGCAUCCUGUUGCUUUGGCAUUCAUUCAAGCCAAGUUUGGUCGAUGACAGGGUCUUCUUGGGGGUUUCCACCUUUGACAAAUUUUCCUAGCUGUCCCUUGUUUGAUUCAUUCUACUCUCGUAAGGAAGUCGAGCUUCUUCUUUGUUUCAUUUGAACUAAAAGGGUUGUUUAUCAUGUAAAAGAUGCAGCUAAACAUUAGUAGUAAAAAGCUUGUUUAUGUCCUGAGGAGUAGUAGCCAUUUGAAAAUGAGCUUUCUUGUGGGGUAUGGGGAUAAGAUACCCACAAUAUAUGUGCAUCACAGAGACCAGCUGGUGCAACAACCGGUUGUGCUGGUGGCCCCAUUUAGCUGUUGGAGGCCUUGAGGGUGGGCCUUUUCAUGUGAAUUGGUUUCAUGGUUUAGGGGGAUAUAGGAAUAAUAUAAUGCAAUAUAACUACAUUUUUUUUUUUUAA